CAGCACUUGUGCUCCAGUUGUCCGAGAGAGAAAAUGCUCAGGUAUGGGCCGCCGUGCGUGAAGUGCUGCUUGUAGGAGGCUGUUGUAGUCUACCGAGAUCUGGAAUUAGUGGUCGAAGUGGGAUGCGGAACGAAACUGGAUCACGAUGUGACGGUCGAUUAUUAUCGGAGAUUCAACCUCAUCAUCCGCUGCCAGUCCAUCGGCAAUUGCCCCGCGAAACAAAUAAGCGAUACACACUCUUUCUACACAAGAGCAUUGUCUUCAGACUGAGUAUAGUCCAUAUCUCAAUCCUCUGGUACACGUGAAGAGUACUUGUGCUACAACUCUACGGAAAAGGACCGUUCGUUGUAACAGGGUUAGACUGCACCAUGGAAGAAGACCGGGCGAAACUCCAGGCCUUGUCUGAAGCUCUACAGAAGAUUCAGGACGACCUGCAAACUGCAAUCGAAGCCCGCCAGAAACUCGAGGCUCAACAGCAAGAGAACAAGUCUGUCCAGAAGGAAUUCGCGUCCCUCACUGACGACGCCGGCAUCUACAAGCUCGUUGGUCCUGUGCUGCUAAAGCAAGCCAAAUCCGAGGCUGUCAGUGCCGUCGAAGGCCGGCUCGAGUUCAUUGGCAAGGAGAUCUCGCGGAUAGAGACGAGGAUCAAAGAACUGCAGGAGGGCAGUGAGAAGAAAAGAGUCGAGCUGUUGCAGCUACAGCAGAAAUUGCAGAUGGCCGCGCAGGAGCAGGCUGGCUGAAAGUCUGGUUUGAACAGAAAAGGCCAGCACGGAGACUAUCCGCUCGGAAGUGUGCUGGUGACAGUCUUGGAUGGUCGGAGUGGUUGGCUUCAAUUCUUAAAGCCACUCGAGCCUGCGCUCAGACAUCGGCAAUCUCAUUUCACUGGAUCACACCUUAAGUGCCGUCAGUGAGCGGCUUGAUGCUGUGGGCUUACAGCUGGACCUCAUUGCAUCCCGGGCAGAUCAACCCAACCCAUUUACUAUACGCUCGGCCCCUAUCAUGUGUAUAGGACGAGCAUUGUUUUGACUGGUCUAGCGGUCUUGCGGAAGGUUAUGGAAGGCUGCUUGAGGUUCCCGUGAGGAUAUGCCGUCCAAACCAAGCUACGGAAAGAUGAGACCAGCUUUGCUCGGCGUGGUUCAACCGCUCAUCAAGCUAAAUCUACGAAAUAACACACUACACAAGGUGUGGCUUGUCGUCCGACAAAGGCACUUGGAGAUUUUAGGACUUGGGAAAGACACAUCCGCUUCUCGAUGUCCAAGUGAUACAUGGUUAACUACACGGGCUUGAAGACGGCAGGGUAAUGGGGUUUUGACGCACCCCGUGGUGCUGCGGUCUGUGUUUACGGAUCUGAAGGUCUGGAAGUUGACACACGAUACUGAUGAGCGAAAAGACACGCAACAAGGGCGUUCUCCUAGUUUCUCUAACAUGCCUGGCUAUGCUACGUUGACGGGCGUUGAUGGCAUCAGGGCUAACCGACGUUUUUUACACCUGUGGGGCACAGCAGCUCCUUCAGGCAUACAAUAUUCACCGCCACCACUGUGUUUGACUGCUUCAGAAACAAAUGUUCUCCAAGUCCCAUCGUAGUCGGACUAUCUUUCCCAUUAUGUUACCUUGUAUGGUUUGUGAGAAAAUGGCUCCUUGAACGGUGCACUCCUUGAUUGUAUCACCGUAUCAAGCCUGAAACUCGGCUGCGACUUGUGUACCGUACUCUCAAUCCCAACAGAAUAAAGAUAGAGCCUCAGAUGAUGUACUGUUUUAUAUUGAACCACAGGCGGCUCAUAAGGCUACAGCCUCGCGC